AUGGAGGGCAAGCGUCUCCCCAAAUAUCUCCUAGCCUCAGUGCUUAUUUCCAAUGGCGGCCUUCUCAAUGGCUUAGACACCGGGUCCAUCGGCGCAAUCACAAACAUGGCGCAGUUUGCCGAAUCCAUUGGAGAGCUGUCGCCUUUUCUUCUCGGUUUUACAGUCUCUCUUAUUAUGCUGACUGGCUCUGUUCCUUCAAUCAUGGCGGGCCAUCUUGCAGACAAAUUUGGCCGGUUGAAGACGAUCCUUCUCGGCGCUAUCUUGUUCGGAAUUGGUGUGAUCUUGCAGGGCGCAGCAGGCACUCUCGCUCAGUUCCUCGUCGGCAGAGCUGUAGCAGGCUUGGGAGAAGGCGUCUACUUGACCAACGUGAGCGUCUACAUCACUGAAAUUGCACCCGCCAAGUCUCGCGGCAUGCUGGCUGGAAUGCCCCAGUUCAUGGCUACGGCCGGCGUCUGUGUCGGGUAUUUCAUCUGCUACGGCACCGUUCACAUCCAAUCCAGCAUGGCGUGGCGUCUGCCUUAUGUGAUCCAGGGAGGUCUAGCCUUGGCCUUCGGUGCGAGCUGUUUGAUUCUGCCUGAGUCGCCAAGAUGGUUAAUGUUGCAUGGGAAACGGGACGAAGCGAUCCACGCUCUCCAGCAGCUGAACGUCUCCAUGACGGAAGCUGAGACCGGAUUCCUCACUGCCACUGAGCAACGUCCGAUGGGCAAGAUUUAUGCCAGCGAGAUCCAGCCUUCGCACACUCGGGGUACAGCCAACAGUGUUGCCUCGGGCCUCAGCUUCUUCACAAACUGGCUCGUUGCCAUCCUCACUCCCAUCCUACUCGACAAGUCUGCUUUUGGGGCCUACUUCCUGUUCGGCGGUCUUGCUCUCGGAACCGUUCUCGUCCUUGCUGCAUACAUGCCCGAGACACGUGGACGUUCCCUCGAGAACAUCCAGGAAGCAUUCCAUCAGCCGAAGUUGAAGAGCGUGGGACACUACGUGCGACAGCUUGUUCCUGCGAUGCGACACAGGUCGAACGCUGCAGCCGGGUCUUCUGGUGAAGCCAUCGAGUUGGAUCAGGGCCACCGCGAGACGCUUUCAACUGCUAGCUCUGUUGACGCUGCAGCUAGAGGCUUGAGAGUUGAUAUGGUAACUGCUUGA